AUGGCUUCACCAUUCGAAACUCUCCUACAAGAGAUUAGAGACAUGAUAUACGCAGAGUGUCUCCUAGUCGAGAAUAUUAAGACCAUGACCGGGGAUGAUAAUAUUGUUGUAAUUAACGGCCAUACGUGGCACAAAAACAGUCGCCAUACUCAAGAACUUUUAAAAUUUAACAGGAAUGAGGGAAGAGAGCCUUACGCAAUGUUUUUGAACUGGGGAGAGACCACACCUGGCCUUUUCCUAGCCAAUAAAAAUAUCUCGGCUGACACUCUCAAGUAUUACUACACCAAUAAUGAGUUUGUAUCCAUUCAAGCUUCCUCUUGGUUGCUGAGGCUAUGCGUCAACAGAUUCAUUCCUUUGAAAAUAACUCAAGACCAGCGACCUGAUGCCUUGCCCUCUGUUCUGAAUCUUGAAUUAUGGCACGACCUUCCGCAACAUCGUAAUCUAAACGAUGUGUGUUGUGCUAUAAUGCAUGCCAACUAUUUACCGUUUCUUGUCGACUUUGUUAAUACAUUGUCGUCUGAUAAUAGACCAACUACUUGUGAUCUAGGUAUCACCCCCGGACUCUUUACAUACCCAUCUAUCAAAGAGAUUCGCAUCGCCCCUUGCGGUAGUAGCAAGUACUAUCUCGAUCCACGAAAAAUUUCAGAGGGACUGCUUCAUGAUCUCAAGGGAAUGAGUAGAAUGCAUAUCCAGUUUACACUCGAGGGAUUUAGCCAAGGGGAAAUCCAAGAUUUUCUAGCUUGUAGUAAGCAAUGUGAAUGGUCGCUAGAAUAUCAGUUGUCCGUAAUUUCACGGCUCACGACUGAAGCAAGUCACCUCGCAGAAUCCCAAGAUUAUCUCGGUGCUCGCGGGAAAUUAAUUGUUGCGGCAUACAUGUGUGGGGUGAAUCAGGAUUAUGGAAGUUAUUAUUAUUGGAAUGUAUUAGGGAACCUCCGAGAAAGCAACCCAAUAGAGAAAAUUUUUGCUCUUAUGGAGAUCUGGGUUGCUAACAGUAAGGUAUCAGCCAAACUUGGGAGGCCCCAGGAAGCCAAGAGGUUUCUGCGACUCGUGCGCGAAAUGUGCGAUCAGUGCACGGAAAUUGAAGCCAUUUUUGUGGCUGCGAGACUUAGAGAUGGUGAUUUAGCAAUCGCUAAAGCUGUCUUGAAUCAUGCAAUGCUGAAGCGAGCAGGUACCCCAGGUAUCAAGAAGUUGUAUAAGGAGUACAAGGCACUUCGGAAUACAAGGUUCGCUGCUGUUCAAAAGCUUAGAAUGGAUGAUGAAAGUCAGACGUCAGGCUAA